UGCGUCUUUAAGAGUGGGGGCGUGGCUCAUCUUUGUGUGGAUGUGCGGCGGCGCAGCGUCUCGCUGCUCGUGUGAAAACGAAAAGAAGUGAAGGUGAAAACCAUGGCAGCUCCAUUCAGAUCACUGGUGGAAGAUUAUCCAAGAUACCUCCGAUCCUUUGAGCUUUUUCUGGAGCGCUCAUCAGAGCACCAGUGCAUGCAGGACUUCAUUCAUAAUAUGCUACCAGACAUACUGGCAAGUAUUGGAGGCGGGAGAUCCGUUUUCAAUGUAAUGGGAGUAGGGAGUGGAGCAGGUGAGAUUGAUCUAGAGAUGCUAGCUCAACUACACCUGAAACAUCCACGUGCCAGAGUCGACAAUGAAGUGGUGGAACCAAGCAAUGAAAUGAUGCACAAAUAUAAAGUUCGAGUGUCAACAACUCCAAAUCUUGAUCAUAUAAACUUUACUUGGAAUAAGAUGACGGCAUCUGAAUUCGAAAAACACUGGCAGGAAAACAACCCUGGGAAAAAAAUGGACUUCAUUCACAUGAUACAGAUGCUGUACUACGUCAAAGAUCCAGAGGCCACUGUCUCUUUUUUUCGGAGUCUUUUACACAAAGAUGGGAAACUCUUAAUCAUUCUGGUGUCAGGUGAGAGUGGAUGGGGAAAAUUAUGGACAACCUUUAAAGAACAACUCUGUAGUCCUGAGCUCACUCAGUGUGUUACUACAGGAGAUAUAAAGACCUUCUUACAUACUGAGAGCAUCCCCUACCGGAACUAUGAGCUUCUGUCCCAGAUGGACAUCACAGAGUGCUUUACUGAGGGGGACCAGGUGGGAGAACUGCUGCUGGAUUUCCUUACAGAGGUCAUAGAGUUCAGUAAGAACGCUCCUGAAGACCUGAAGAAAGGAGUUCUGGACUUGCUGAGACAUCCUGACUGCAGCAAAGAGGUGGAUGGAAGGAUCAUAUUCAACAACAACCUGGGAGUCUUGGUGGUUGAGCCGUAGCUCCAAGACUUGGUUGUAUCUCACCUGCAAACGAAUAUAUAAUGGUCCUCAACCUUUCCAAAGCUCCUCAUUGUCUACACUGUCAUUAAAAGGCCCCUUGAUUUUUAAAAAAUGCUCUUAAUUUACUCCUAAUUAUUAAGAAUAAUGAAUCUUAAAAAAUGUAAAUCUUUUAAAAUAAUUUAUACAUGGAGUAAGAUUUUUAUUCAUUUAAUAUGACAUUUCUAUAUUUAUAUGACAAGUCUAGAAAUCACACUUUAAAAUUAGCCUACCUCACAUAUUACUUUAAACCCUCUAAAAAGAUAUAUUUCUAAAAAAAAAAAUUAACUGAGGUGUUGAGGUAGUAAAUUAAACUAAGAAAUAUAUAAUUUUUUAGUUAUUUUGUCUUAUUUUAAAUCGUGUUUUGCCCUCCUGGUUGAGAAUAAAUGGUUAAGGAAAUACAGAACAUCAGUAUUUUAACAUAGUAAGAAUCAUAACAAUAACAUAUAUUUUAAUAAAUCUUUUCGAGAGCCUUCGAGAAACUAUGGUUUUCUUUUUCGAGGUAAUUAUUGUUCCGAAGAAUUUAAUAUUAUAACAUGACGUUGUUAUCUGUGAACAAACGGGAAAAGGAAGACCAUGGAGAACAAUGCUGAGUUUAUAUUGCAUCACGAUCAAACAAAACCAGUUAACUAAAGGCCUGUGUAGGUGACGGGUCGUGAAGAGACCUUGUAGCACAAACUCCAGUAUGAACAACUCUGUACAUACUUUGUAAAAAUAGUCUAAGCAGCAAAGUACAACUUGAGAUUAUAUUGUUUGGUGACUGGUUGUGUUGUUAUGACCCUACACCUUAUUUAGUUUAGGACAGAUGUUUAACUAGACAGGACAAAGGUUGGAUAGAUACAUUUGAAGGUUAAUAAUACACGUACCUGAUUUGAUUACAGAGUGUAGAGGGCUUGUUAAUAGCCUGCCUCCCCCUGAUAGCACAUGUACAUCACAGAGACGUCUGUUUGACUUUUGCAUCUGCAAGACUUAUUUUUUGGGUGUAUGCUCAUCUGAAAUAUGUCUAUAGGAUGCUUCUAUCAGAUGUCAAAUAGACAUUUAUUAGAAUGUAUGUAAACUCACGUCUUAAAAACAUCUGUAACAUGUCUGUAUAAAUUAGAUGCUUUCCAGAUCAAUAAUCUUGAACAUAGGCUGCAUACAUGUGCUAUCUGGGUCCAUUUGUGUUUGCUUACGGUAGCAUUAAAGACUUGAAUAUUGUCUUGUGUCUAUUAACAUUUCUGUAUAUCUGUCCGACAAUAAAACGAAGCAUUAACCUGA